AUGGUCCAUUCAGCGGCUACUAGAGAGAUAUUGGAUUUAUUCAAGAAUCUUCUCCGCGAACAUGGCUUUCAGAAGUUCGAUCGAGAUCAGAAUACCGAUGAUGACACCCUGAUGCGCUUUCUGGCCGCCAAACAGUUUGACCUUCAGGCUGCCUUCCGACAAUUCGAAUUCUUUCAGAAGUGGAGAAGACAGCAUCAGAUACGGCACUUCUACGAGGAGCUUGAUGUUGAAGCAUACGAGCUGACCCGGCAAAUGUACCCACAAUGGAUCGGUCGGCGAGACCGCGAUGGUCACCCAAUUUACGUAUUCCCGGUGAAGUAUCUCACCAGGAAGAAACUUGAUGAAUACCUCGAGCAGAUUUCUGCUGCCCCAAAACCCGCCAGCCAUGAGAAGUCCCCCGUCCCCGCAUUCGAGCUCCAUUUCCAUGCUCUGUAUGAGAAUCUCCUGCAAUUCGUCCUGCCGCUUGCCUCUGAGCUUCCACGCCCUGAUCAAUCCCGUCCGGUGUCGUCCUCGACGCACAUCGUGGACAUUAGCGGCGUUAGUCUGCGGCAAUGGUGGUCCAUCCGUAAGUAUCUCCAGCUGGGCAGCACGCUUGCAACAGCCCAUUACCCGGAAACUCUAGGACGAGUCUUUGUGGUCGGAGCCCCGGCGUUCUUCAAAUCUGUUUGGGAAGUGGUCAGUCAAUGGUUUGAUCCCGGUACCCGGGCAAAAAUAUCCAUCUCGUCCUCCUCGGAAGCCAAAUCUGCCCUUCUUCAUCAUAUCGACGCUUCGGAUCUGCCCCGGGAAUAUGGCGGCAAUCUGGACUGGAAGUGGCAAGACCAGCCUAAUCUUGAUCCCGCGGCAAGAGCGCUGGUGGACGAGCUGUACCACAAGACGGACCGGGGCGAGGUGUUCCACAAGGGGCCGGUGAUCUUCCAAGGUGGUUGUAUUCGGCUGCUGGGCUCUGUCAGUGGGGAAUCGAGACGGAAUGCUUUCUGUCAGCUUUGA